CCACUGCCCGGCACACACCACGAGGGAAACUCUUUCUGUGCAGGAGAAAAACGAGAAGAACCCUGAGGAACCCUGAAGAACCUCAAAGAAGCUUUAAAGAACCUCAAAGAAGCUUUAAAGAACCUCCAAAGAACCUUGAACAUGCCAACCACCGCUAGAAUCCUCCCUGAGAGCAGAAAGCCAGGCAGAAGGACCAAAGCUGGAAACAGACUCACUGAGAAACCACCAGUUUAUGAUGCUAACAUCCCAGAGCCCACAUGCAGAACAGAGCUCCUCAAACAUUGGGUCAGUCUUUCUAUGGAUGAGCGGACAGCCAAUAAGCUCCUGUGGCUGACGGAGGGCGGGGCUAAAGUGUCACGGAUGAAUGACGAGGUGUGUCCUUACCUGGACAGACCGGAGAGAUAUGAACACUCCCCUCAGGUGCUGUGUAAGGAGGGGCUGUGGGGGUCUCGGGGUUACUGGGAGGUGGAGUAUUCAGGCUGGGUGAUGAUCGGGGUGGCAUAUGAAAGCGAGGGCAGGAGGAACUGCGAUGGCCCCUGUGGUUUUGGAGAGAACGAGGGUUCAUGGAGUUUGGGCUGGGCUGGGUCGUCCUACCACGCCUGGCACAAAGGAGUUAACCAGGAGCUGCAGGUCCCUCAGUGCUCCUCCAUCGGCGUGUACCUGGACCAGCCUGCUGGGUUACUCUGCUUCUACGCUGUGGAGAGGAGCAGUGCUGGGAAGAAGGAGGUCAAACUGCUGCACAGAGUCAAAAACCCCAUCAAAGAGAAAACACUGCCCGGAUUCUGGGUGGGCAGACAGUCGUCCUGUAGGCUUCUUCCCAAAGAGGAGUGAAAGAGGAGGGGUUGGGGUGGUGGUGGUGGUGGUGGUGGGGCAAAGUUAAGAACACUAUAAUAUAGUGUGAUUCCUUGGAAGCUGUGUGUCAGACGUUUAUUUGAAUUUCAGUGUAAAGUUGUUUGGAAAGACUGUUCUGAGAAUUUACAGUGUUUUAUGACUGUAUCCAGUUCUACAGUGUACGCUGUUUGAAUGUAUUUAUUUUGUCCAACAUUAUGUUAAUGCAUUGUUAAACUGGCAUGUUUUGUGUUUAUUUA